AUGCGAACAGGUAACUUCCUUAAGGUUUUUGGCUGUACUGAUAUUCACAACUCUGUUAUAUUUCUGGCUGCUCAAUGGUUUGUUUUUGUGACUCAUCAAACCACUUCACAUACUGGUUUCAUAUACUUGUGCUCACCUGUUCUAUCUCCUGCCCUUGUGGAAAGGGUUUAUUUUAUUACUUUUUAACCUGGUUUGGAUUGUUUGAUUGAUAUCAACCAGUAUCUUGUAAUCCUCCUUACAUUUAGCCCUGUCAUAUGGAUUCGUGUUAUCCCCAUAUUUCAGAUGGGUGGAUGAAGUUUAGAAAGUAAGAACGCCACUUAGUCAUGGCAAGAGGUGAGAUACAGUUAUACAAAAGAAUAGAGAAGGUUGGAGAAAAGAAGGUCAUUCUGUACUUCCUCUGGCAAAUUAACUUGUUUCUUGGGCAAAACAUUCGUAGGUAAUGUGUGUUGACAAGAUUGUGGAUUUUGCAGACUAUUUUCAGACAUUUGCUAUUUUGGACUGAAUUGCCUGAUGUAUUAAAAGAUGUGCAUGCAGUGGCGUGUCCCUCAUUUGCAGGUGCAUACAAAUUUUAGGCUUCUGUUUACAUUGCCAGAUUAGUGGGCACAAAUAUUCAGCUGAUGUUGAUGUGCACAUUGAACAGCAUAACAUAUUAGUGUGGAAAUGUGGAAUUAUCUAUGCAUAAAAGAAUUAGCAUGAUUAAAGAAGCUCCAUAUUUGCUUUGCUUGUGGGCAGCAUAUUGUUCCUAUGCACAGUGAUAGAAAUCACAGUGGAGAUGAUCAUACCUAUAUAUUAAUUAACUUUUCUAAGCAAGAAAGCUUAUGGAGAAAUGAAAUACUACCUGCUCUCACAGAAAUGUUCCACCAUUUAAAUACUAUUUUCCUAUUUUAGUAUCUAAUUUUUAUUUGAUUUAGUAUAUGCCCACCCUCAGCAUGUCCUUGAAUGCAAUAUGUUUUUUAAUGUUCAAGAAUGUUUUGUUAACGGUUUCCCUGAAGUUUACUAGAUCAUGAGUUGUUUGCAAUGGCAUCGCUUUCCACUCUCUAUUAGACUGCACAAGAACACAGCCAUAACAUCAUAAAAACAAUGGCUCAUCUAGUUCCUGCAAGCAGGCCCUGAGCACAAGGCCCCCUCCUGUGGUUUCCGGCAACUGCUGCCUCUGACUGUGGAGGCAGAGCGGAGCCAUCCUGGCUGGUAUUCAUUGGCAAUCGGUACAAUUAGUUGAUGGGGCUCCCCUUAGCACAUAACAGCCCUUCUCUUUACUAUCAACUUAUGGUUUUGCCACAAAAUCAGUGUACUGCAGAAAUAGGAUGGCUACUAAGAGAGGUGAUUUUUCCCACUAGUUUCAGUGUAUAGCUUGGGGAAAAUGAACUAGGUGGUUCAUUGCAAUUACCUUCCCAUCACCUCUUUCUGGACCUGAGCAAGGGAACAGGCCCAGCGUAUAGCAUCUUGAGUUUCCUGUCCUCCAAUGGAGUGAGAUUGUAGCUUGGCACGCAUAUGAUUAGCAUGCAGAAAGUCCCAGCAUUUCCCAUUUAAAAGGAGCUCAGGGAUGGGAAAGAGACAGAGUGCCACGAUCAUUCAGAGCAGAUACUGCUUGAUGCCUCUGGCAGUGUAAGGUGGCUUCCCAUAUACUAUGCCCUUUUAAAAUGUUGUGGUUCUUUUUUUAGGGGUGUUAUUGGGUUGUUGUUUUUAUUUUUAUUUUGUAUUUUGAUUUUGUUCUGUGAACCACCCUGAGACCUCCAGGUAUAGGGCGGUAUAUCAAUUCAAUCAAUAAAUAAUAAAUAUGGCCAUUCCAAGGAUGCUGGGAAGGGAGGAGGCCGCAGGAACUGAGUUCUAGCACUUUUGAUACAAGCUUUUUUUUACCAUGAAAAUCAAUACAAUAAUUCAUCAAAAAUAUGAAUUCCUUAAUAGGCUAUUCUCUGCUUCUCCUGACUAGAUUCCCUCCACCCCCCACCCCAGAUUUCCAGACUAGUUAAUUUUUUUAGUUCCUUAACUUGUUUCUCCCAUCUCCAGAAAGCAUGCACACCCACCCACCCCCCUACAUGUACUAGUAAGAAGGAAUCCAGUAGGCAAGUUGUACUGAACCACAGAUCAUAAACAUUUCAAAUUGCAAAGUGUCCUGAACCUUUGAGAUAGGAUGCAAAUAAUGAAUGCUCCUCCACCCACACAACUGACCGAUGUCUUGAAUACAAUUUCAUCCUGUUUGUUUAUGGUACAAUGUACAAACAACUACUAUAUAAGAAAUUCAUUUGUUGUUCUCCAUGUAAUUAAUAUUCAAAUCAUUUCUACAUGAUAACUGGAUUGCAAUAUUUUGGAGUCAUAUAGGCAAAUACCUGUCUAAUUAUUCUGAAUUUGAAUAUUUUUGGCAUUCUUUAUCCUUAGGCCCUGUGAUUUCGACUUCCCCUUUUGCUUCUGUGCAGCCUUUUAGAUCCCAUGCCUUCCCGUAGCACACAGUCUUUAAUAUACCUAGUCAGAAUCUCUCUCUCACCCAGGAAGGGGGGCCUUUACUUCCAUGGCCACACUGCAUUCAGCAAGUGACUAACUCCCAAAGUUCCCCGGGCUUCAAGCCCCUUCAGUGCACUCCUGUCACAAAGCCUGUAUGAAAAUUUCCCCCAGCCAAGUUGGCAUUCCACUUCCUUCACUGUAGCUGCAUGGAGUUCAGCAUUCACAGCACAAGUUACAAAAUUCAGAAGAGCCUACAAAUGAGUACAGAGACUGAUGAUAUUUACUGUAGCUUUUUAUAUGAGCUUUUAGAGUGUUUUGUAAACCAUGAAGUUACUUGUAGUGAUUACAGCCCUCUAAAUACAGUAACACAACAUUUGUAUUCUAGUCACAUUGUGGACAUGCCAUAAUACAGACUGUGGACCUGCCUCGAAAUCAGACUUCUCUAACAAACUUCACAGAAUCUGAAUAAAAAUAGAGAAACUCAGGUUAGAUGAGUUUAUUUUGUCAACAAAGAACAGUACCGGAUGAACAAGCAAAUCUGGUUAUGGUUCUGUAAAAACAACAUCCCUGAGCUCCUCUCUGCCCUCCUGGCUUCCUACCUGGGCUGUGCUAGUCAGGAAGCAGCAUUUCUGUUACUGGCUGGGCUGCGGGAUAUUUCUCCACUUUGACAGAUCAUGCAGAGAGGCCUUUAGAGACUCACAUUUAUAUAUGGGAAAUAUCAGCUUAAGCUAGAUCUCUUUCUUAGUGUUUGAGAAUGGAAAAAUUGGUACAACUUUCCGACCAUUUAAAAAGUGGUCUUACUGUGGCACCAUGUUUCCAUAUUUGCUGUCCCAUUUUCAGGUGCUGCUAGAAAUAACAGUGACUAUGACACCUAGAGUGCAAGGUAGCACAUAGUUCUCAAGGGUGUUAUGCCACAAGCGGAUUCUUUCUCAAUGGAGAUGCUUGGUCUUAACAUGUAGCAAUAUUUUUAAAAAUAUUUUUAAAAAUAGCUCUUGCUAAAAUAUUCUUUCUGAUAAAUAUUGAUAUAAUGUAUAGCAGGAGGAGCUGCUAACUUGUCCCACCCAUUGCAUUCACGUAGAGAGGGGGGUAUAAUUUAUUUAUUUCAAAAAUUAUUUGGUGGGGGGGAGGCCUUAAAGGCAAAUAAUAUCUUUUCUUUGUGGAAUGAUAUUCCCUGCAAGCUGAUCUCUUGAGAGAACUAUAAGGCCACGAAGAGAUGCUUUGCUCCUCUUCCCUGCUCUUGCUGUCCCGUCCCACCAGCCACUUUCAGAUGAUUAUAGUGGAUCUGGACAGGAGUGUUAGCAAAAGCAGCUGCUGAUCUUUGCCUCUUCCAGUACGCUGACAUUAGUUUGCUUGUCUUCCCAAGUCAUAUGUAAUUUUUCUCGGAGACACCAUUGAUGGAAUUUCACCAGACCAGUGUCAAAGCAAUGAUUCUUCAACAUCAACUACAUUGGACUGGUCAUGUUGUUCAGAUAUCUGAUUACCGUCUUCCAAAGCAACUACUCUAUUCCAAACUUAAAAUGGAAAUUGUAAUCCUGGUGGUCAACAAAAGAGGUUUAAAGACUCUCUCAAGGCAAAUCUAAAAAGUAUAGCUUAAACACUGACAAUUCAGUAACACUGGCCUGCAAGUGCCCCAGUUGGAGAACAGCCUUUACCAAAGGUGUCAUGGACUCUGAAGACGCUCAAACUCAGGAUGAAAGGGAAAAAUGUGCUAAGAGGAAGGUUCAUUUGGCAAACCCUCACCGUGAUCAACUCCCACCUGGAAACCUAUGUCCCCACUGUGGAAGGACAUGUGGAUCCAUAACUGGCCUCCACAGUCACUUACAGACUCAUUGUUAAAACCGUGUUUAUGGAAGACAAUCUUACUCGGCUGCAUAUGAUCGCCAAAGAAGAAGAGUAAAAGCAGCAGCUCUUUAUUUCCUUUGUUCUCCUGGAAGAUCUUUAGCAUUACUUCUCUUCCACUUUAAACUCCGAUACUAGGUGAAACUCAGCAAAAUAAUAUCACAGUUUUCAGGUUACCAGCUGGCCAGUGCCAGAUUACCAGAUAAGCAGAGUAGGCAGUGGCCUAUGGGCCUUUUAGGGGCCCCAUGACAAUGGAUCAAAAUAAUACUAAUUUGAUCUUGAAAGAAAAUUACAGUCAAGCUUUCUUAGUUCCAUGUUAUCCCACUAGAGUGUGCAUACAGAGGGGCGGGGCAAGAUUUCAAUUGCCUAGGGAUCUCCACAGGGUUUAUGGCAGUGCAGAUGGCUAGUUUUUGAUCUGUUGGACCCAUUUAUUUCUGAAUAGGGUUGUCGUAGUGGUUACUAAAGUUCACUCUCAGUGCUAGUUUAAAGGCAACUUUUAAUCUAGGUAUUGUAAUAUAUUGUGCUGUACCUUACAGCCUCCUUACAGCAUUGUUCAUGCAACUCAAAAUGCAGGAAAUGAAGAAAGGUGUUGUCUGCCUGCCUCUCUUGAUGAUUUGGCAAAGCUUCAGGAAAAUUCAGAAAUGUUGUAAGAGAUCCUUAUCAGGGAAAGAUGUCAGAGGCAGAACUAAAUUGGCGGACGGAUGGAGUUUUAGCAUUUUCUACGUUGUUCUUUGAAUUCACUUUUAACCAGGAUAUUCUGCCAUCUGUCCCCUUCCUGUCCUUGAGUUUUCAGCAAGAAAGAUAUUUCUAUUUAAAGAUUGUGUAACCUUAGGGUGUUUUUGUGGAAGCUUUCCUAGUGGCUGCACAUCAACUAUGGAAUACCUUGCGCUAUGAAGUGCGUUAGCACUCUCACUUGGAGUUCUUAGUUGAAGAUAGUGUGUGGCAUACUUUUCUUGUAAGUGGCAUAUUUCCUCCAUCUGUUUUGUUUGUUGCUGUUCCUCAGGAGCAGCAGUGGAGGCAGGGACCACCGGGCAAGUCAAGUAGUUGGGAGAGCUCUGGGUUGGUGGGUUUGCACACACCUGUAUGUCAGAGCUAACAUCAUAUCCUUUUGAAGACAGUGGUACCACCACCACUGUGAGGAUGCCUCUCCCUCUGCCCCACCUGACAAGCCACUUCUGGUUUCCUCUAUCCUUGCUUAGUUGUUUUAUAUUGUUGUUUUUAUGAAAUAGCAAUUUUAAAUGUAGCAAAUAUUUGUGUGCUUUUGCACACAACAUUUAUGUUCUUUUCCACCAGAAGGGUGGGAUAUAAAUGUUUAUGUGUGCAUCAGCAGCUCUGAAGUAGCUAUUGGAGAAACAGUGCAGCGUAAUCAUUACACUAUUUGAUUAGGACUGGGAGAACUAGAUUUUCAAUCCUUACUCACUGGAGAAGUUCUAUUUGUGAAUUUGGCCAGUUACUUUACUGGCUGAGAACAAGCCUAGCCUUCCCCUAGGCUAAUGUGCUCCUCGCCUCCUCUGGUGCAACUUUGAGGAGGAAAUCAGAAGCUUUGCCUCUUGUUUUUGUCUGAACUCAGAAAAACUGUGGUUAAUCUUAUCUGUUUUUAGUGGAAACAAGUAGACUUUUCAAUCUGAAGGUGUAAGGAAGAUUUCAAGAUUUGUCUUUUAAUACUUGGGGAAUGCUUUUCAGCCCUGUGGAACCUUCAAUGUGGGGUUUUGCAGGGCUCAAUCCUAUCCCCCAUGUUGUUUAGCAUCUACAUGAAACUGCUGGGUGGGGUUAUCUGGAGGUUUGGAGUAUGUUGUCAGCAGUAUGCUGAUGACACUCAGCUCUAUUUCUCCUUUACAGCUGCAGGUGAGGCAGUGGAAGUGCUGGAAGUCUUGCCUCAGUAAUGGACUGGAUGAGAGCCAACAGACUGAAGCUCAGUCCAGAUAAGACUGAGGCACUGUUAGUGGGUGGUUCCUCAGACCGGAUGGGUGGGAGGUAAUCUGCUCUUGAUGGGAUUAUGUUUCCUCUGAAGGAGAGGUUCGUAGUUUGGGGGUCCUCCUGGAUCCUUUGCUGUCGCUUGAGGCUCAGGUGGCCUCAGUGGCCCAGAGUGCCUUCCAUCACCUUCAGCUGGUGGCCCAGCUAUGCCCCUAUCUGGACAGGGAUAGCCUAACUACUGUUGUCAAUGCUCUGAUAACCUCAAGGUUAGAUUACUGCAUAUGUAGGGCUGCCUCUGAAAAAGGUUCGGAAACUUCAGCUGGUGCAGAAUUCAGCGGCCAGGUUGCUCACUGGAGCAAGAUGGUUUGAGCAUAUUGCACCGAUCCUGCCCUGGCUGCACUGGCUGCCAAUUAGUUUAUGGGACCAAUUCAAAGUAGUGGUUUUGACCUAUAAAGCCUUAAACGGCUCAGGACCGCAAUACCUCAAGAAUCGCCUCUUUCCAUAUGAACCUACCCAGACCCUGGGAUCAUCUUCUGAGGCUCUUCUUCGUGUGCCUCCUCCUUGAGAGGCCAGGAGGGUGGCAACACAAGAACGGACCUUCCCUGCAGUGGCUCCCCAUCUAUGGAAUGCUCUCCCCAGGGAAGUUCACCUGGAGCCUUCAUUAUACACCUUUGGGCGCCAGGCAAAAACAUUCCUUUUUAACCAGGCCUUUGGUUGAUCUGAUUUAUAUCCUAUGCCCUUUUAAAAUGUGUUUUUUUUUGGGGGGGCAGUAUUGGGUUGUUGUUUUUUUAUUUUUAUUAGGUAUUUUGUGGUUUUAUAUCUUGAUUUUUAUUCUGUGAACCUCCCUGAGAUCUCCGAAAAUAAUACUAAUAAUAUUUAUACUACUACUAAUAAUAAUAAUAAUGCUGCAGGCAGAGCCUAUCAAGUAAAAUCUGAAGGCUGUCAUCUAGUGCUGAGUUUUAUGCAAUUAAAAUCCCACUGAACUCAGUUGCAAAAGGAUACCCCUAGAAUCAUAGAAUAGAAUCAUAGAAUCAUAGAGUUGGAAGAGACCACAAGGGCCAUCGAGUCCAACCCCCUGCCAAGCAGGAAACACCAUCAGAGCACUCCUGACAUAUGGUUGUCAAGCCUCUGCUUAAAGACCUCCAAAGAAGGAGACUCCACCACACUCCUUGGCAGCAAAUUCCACUGUCGAACAGCUCUUACUGUCAGGAAGUUCUUCCUAAUGUUUAGGUGGAAUCUUCUUUCUUGUAGUUUGGAUCCAUUGCUCCGUGUCCGCUUCUCUGGAGCAGCAGAAAACAACCUUUCUCCCUCCUCUAUGUGACAUCCUUUUAUAUAUUUGAACAUGGCUAUCAUAUCACCCCUUAACCUCCUCUUCUCCAGGCUAAACAUGCCCAGCUCCCUUAGCCGUUCCUCAUAAGGCAUCGUUUCCAGGCCUUUGACCAUUUUGGUUGCCCUCCUCUGGACACGUUCCAGUUUGUCAGUGUCCUUCUUGAACUGUGGUGCCCAGAACUGGACACAGUACUCCAGGUGAGGUCUGACCAGAGCAGAAUACCCCUACUCUAAUGCACUAGCAGAGACCUCAGAUCUGUGCAGAUGUUGGACUGAAACCGGUCCUGACUCCUGCAUUAUCAGUUUCCCACAAAGGACUGAAGAGCCAGCCCUGCAUCAGGGUUCCUGUUCUUGGUCCUUUGGCAGAAGGAGAGGAUUCAAUAAGUCUCUGCUUUCCUUUGCUGGAGCCCUUUUGCACAGACCGUAAAGCAAACAAAUGACAACGCUGCCUUUCCCACUCCUCUUUUUUAGGGUUUUGUGCUUGGAUCUUGUGUCCACCUGUUCAUGCAAAAGAAUCCCAAAAGCUGUGUUUGCAUAAGAGGAGAUGGCGAUGAUGCCUAUGCAUUUGCAGGCUGUGAGAGUAAGGUUAAUCCUUCUUUUAUUUGUCAUGAUUAAAAGUAAUAAUAAUAGAAACACUUUUUCAUACAAUAUGAAGGCAAACAAGGUGUUAAAACACUUCAGUAAGUUAUUCUAUUUCCCCACAUCAUCACAUUUGUUUCAUGCAAGAAGAGCAGGCUAAAAUUAACCUACCUUAUAUUUCUUUUUGUUUUAGAUCAUGAAGAACUUUGUGGCAGCAGUUAUGGAUCUUUUUGUCUGAAUGGUGGGAUUUGUUACACGAUACCUGCCAUUUCCAGUCCCUUUUGCAGGUAAAUGUUUGUAUUUUCAUUGCUACAUAAGAGUCAUCUCCUGGGCUAAAUUAGCAAUGGAGGAAACACAUUAUUUCAUCAGCUUAUCUAGAGCAUGUUUCUUAUGUAUUGAUUAUAUAAUCAUUUGUGUGCCACCCUUCAGGGAAUAUCCCACUCAAGGUAAAUCACAAAAUCACAUUGGAAACAUUUAAGCUGCAUUGUUUUUAGGUAAUAUACAAAGGGGCUUCUCCAGACUUUUGUAGGGCUUGAGACAGAUAGUGCUCUCCUAAUACGCGCCCUAACCACCUAGUCACACACAAGGCUGCCAAGGCUGCCUGAGGGUUUACGCCUCUUUCCUCUGGUGCUAGUAACUUUGCCACCUCAUUGCCUUUGCAGUUGCCAUCGCUGCCAGGCUUAUUUUGUCUUUAGCCCCAAUCUGGUGUGUCAAGGAGCAGGAGCGGUAGUUUAUUAGCACACUUCCAUUUAGUAACACAUCUGUUAUAUUCUUCUUUGCACAGUUGUAAUGCCAGUACCUGAUGCUAAGUGGUACAUAUAAACCAAGACUGUAAUCAUAAUUGUCCUCUAUAAAAAUGGUUAUUGGCACACAGUAACUGCCUGUGGUAAGUAUAUAUGGGAUGAGACAGAGCACUUUAUACUGGCAAAGCACAGCACAGGGAAUGGAAUUGUUAUUUCCUCAGUUCACAGGACAAGACAAGAAGCGAAGGGUUCAACAGAACGAGUAAACAUUAACCGCCUACUUAAAGCACAGCAAUGGCACAGCUUGGCUAGAGAAGUUGUGAAAUGCCCUUCCUUUGAUUUUUCUAUUUCUUUUAAAGUUGGACAGACAACUGUCAGGUAUUAUGACAUCUGGUUUUAGUAUAAACAUCAAUUUUGCUUUGUUUAUUUAGUUCGUUACUUACUAGUCUUUAUAUUGCAUUUUAUUGCUCUAGUCAAAUCAGCUAACAACAAUCACAUAUACCAAUAUGCGGGUUUCAUGCACAAAGAUGUGUUUCAUGCAUCUCUGUGUUCAGAAACCAGUAUCUGAACAAAGAGGCCACUUGCUGGCUGGAUAACCUACACCACCUGUUGUGUGGACUAUGAUGUUACCUGCUCCCUUUCUGCUAUAGAGUAUAAAACACACCUUGCUUAUCCAUUCCCCUUCCUCCACCCUUCAGGAAACGGGCUGCAUUUCAUUGUGUUAGCGAUCACUGGGGCUGGGAGUCAGGAUAUUGAGCUGCUAGGAUCUUCCUCAUCUACCUGGCUUUAGUGUUAAAUGAAGUAGCCACAUGCUGAAUUUUCACUUGUACCACUUCAGCAAGCAUAACUUUGGGCAAAGUCAGGACUAGCGACUCAUUUUUCCCCAUUGCACCAGAAGAGGCUAGUGAAAAUGGAAGUUGUUACAACUUCUUAUCAACUUAUUUAGUAGCAAUUCUAUCCUGCCAAGUAUGUACCUAACUAAUGGAUGGGAUCGCUCUGUGAAUUAGAGUAUUCUGUUCCAGCAUGUUCUUAUUCAAAGCAUGGCAUGCUCCUUAUCAGUCAGGCAAGAAUGCUAAUUAUAAAUAAGAAAGGUUGUGUUUACACUGUGCUAUCACUUGGUAAUCAGUAGAGCUAGGAAUAGUAGUAAUGGAAGAAUAUGUAUUCCACAGCUCAGUGGUAUUACAGAAGGACCAAAUGCUUGCUUAGACAAAUACUGGCAUGUAAAGGAUCUAUCCCUAGAUCUCACCCCAACUUCUCCAAGUUGCUAAUCCUCUGCCUUGAUUCCUUCUCAAAUGAUUGGCAAAAUUGUAGCUCUGUGCAGAAAAGACUGGGUGCUAAGGUAGCUGGUUUCCAUAGCCAGUAGUAGAGUCAAUCACUAGAAGACUUGAAGAAGAGAGUUGGCUUGGGACCCCAAAGUCCAUAGAAAUCUUGUUAAUAUUUAUCUGAUUGAAAUGACAUUUGAAUCAUCUUGGCUUGUUUCUAUGUGCUAUAAAAUGUAAGGUAAGAAUUCACAGUGAUCUUUCUGCCUAAGGAAGAUCUUGUGAGAGUACAUCUUCCUCACUUGCCCACCCACCCCUAAAGAUUUUUUCCAGACAUUUAAAGUUCUCAUGGUAAAGAAAAGAAACUGCAUUGCCAUUUAAAACUGUAAUAGUCAUACUUGGAUGCCCUACCACCACUACUAUUUGAGCUGUACUGUCCAGGACACCAAUGGACCUAUAACUUUAAUGUAUAUCUGUUGUGAUCAUGUGUGGACUGGCAAUGGGGGGGGUGUAAUUUAAAUGCAAAGGAAAUGUGCAAGUAGAAUUUUUAGCUUUCUACUCCCUCAUUUCCCUCAUCUGUGUUUGUCCCCAGAAAGCCCACUUCUGGUAUCAGAGUUCAGUUGGGGAGGAAAUGGUAGGAGAAUUUGGUGGUGGGAGGGUCCAGCCUCCCCACAACCAACUGCUUUGCACUUUGAUUUGGCACCUGCUCCCACACUGCUCCACGUUUCAUGUGACUGGGCCAGAUCUGCAUUUAAUCUGUAGUUUAGCCUGGUUGCCAUAUUUGGGGUAUUGCAGAGGAUAGAAAACCUCCACUUUUCCAUCAUAUUGCUGAUUUAGUCCCGUAUUGUGUUUUGAACACAAGGAAAAUGUGAUAUCCCUGCAACAAAAGUGCUUGCUUGGGGAAGACUUCUAGCUCCUCUGCGGCAGUUGACUGUUUAUCAAGGCAGAAAGUUCUCUGGAAAAGUCCUAAAGAGUGAAUGAUGAGGGAUCACUGCAGUGCAGGUCUAAAUGUGGUCUGAGGCUUCUUGGCAAUAAAAAAAUGCUGUAUUGAGAAAAGUGGAAUGCUAAACCAGGACACAUGAUGCAAGAGAACCUUGUGUAACUCUGUGGACUGUGGACUGUGUACACAGCAGAAUUACACCUUUCUUUUGAAUAGAUAAACAUGCCCUUUAAUGAGUACAUGAAGGAAAUGAUUCCUGUUUGCUUUUGGAUUUUUCACAGUUACUGCUCUUUUUGGCAGAAAUGGGGAUUUGGGUGAAGCGGGAGAGGUCUCAUAGCUGACACAUGGCCUUUCAAAAGCUAUUAGGCUACUACUACCCAUUCAGAUACAAAAUCCCACACCGAUGGUAACAUAUUUUUUGGAAAUAAGGCUGAGUGAAUUUAACAGGACCCACAUUGAAUCCCGUGGCUCCAUUUAAAAUGUUAGGUCCCCCAAAAUCAGUAGCAGUCAACGGGAGAAACUUUUAUAUACCAAUAGGAACACUUUUAAUUUGGCCUGAUAACAAAUUGGCAGUCAGUGCAGACCUCUGAGCAAGGGUCCAUCACAUAGCCUGAGUUAUACCCAGAUUGAAAUGGGUCUAGAUAAUCUGUGUCUUCCAAGAAUGUCCACAGCUGUUGAACCACAUUGUCCCGUCAAUUUUGAAAGGAUUUAGUGCUUGCCAUCUUUAGCAUGUUUACUCUGAAGACUAGAAUCAUAGAAUCAUAGAGUUGGAAGAGACCACAAGGGCCAUCGAGUCCAACCCCCUGCCAAGCAAGAAACACCAUCAGAGCACUCCUGACAUAUAGUUGUCAAGCCUCUGCUUAAAGACCUCCAAAGAAGGAGACUCCACCACACUCCUUGGCAGCAAAUUCCACUGUUGAACAGCUCUUACUGUCAGGAAGUUCUUCCUAAUGUUGAGGUGGAAUCUUCUUUCUUGUAGUUUGGAUCCAUUGCUCCGUGUCCGCUUCUCUGGAGCAGCAGAAAACAACCUUUCUCCCUCCUCUAUGUGACAUCCUUUUAUAUAUUUGAACAUGGCUAUCAUAUCACCCCUUAACCUCCUCUUCUCCAGGCUAAACAUGCCCAGCUCCCUUAGCUGUUCCUCAUAAAACUACUUAUUGCACAUGUGACUGUUGUAUUAGGUGCAACUAACUUUUUCUAGAUUGAGGCAAGUAUGUUUUGUGAUUGGACUGUAAAGUACUUAGCUGUGAUCUUCACUUCAGCAUCUCUCCUAAUAGCGAACUCUGGUGCAGAUUGGAAACAGUAGCCAAAACAAGGCCACUAGAGGGGGAAUCAGCAUGCUUGAGGGAUUUGCAGAAAUACAAAAGUUUUUUUUUAAAAAAAACCUGGUGGGCAAAACAGACAAAUGAGGACUAAGACUGCUAACUAUGUAAUGAUUACAGUAAAUUGGAAAAAUAAAACAGAAUGUGAUGGAAAUGACUGGAGGGCAGGAUGAGAUGGCCUUCUUGGAAAGGUCACUGUGGACAUCUAGGACCCAAGGACAUGUGGGGGGCACAGAGGGGCAAAGGGAGGAGGCAAUGGGCAUUUUUCUGGUAACAAUAUAAUGUUUCUGGUAACAUACCAUAAUAUAGUAUGGCAGACCCAACUAGGUGCAGUACAGGAAAUAGCACAUGGUGUUUGGGAGAGAAGAAUGUGAUGUGUUUGUGUGUAAAGCAACACUAAUAUCUACCAAAUCCUGCAAAGAGAAAGUGCAAUUCUGUUACCAGUAUAAACAUGCAGGUCAAGUUAUUGGCAUACACAUUUAUAAUUUGCAUUGCUUUGUUUUGACUGCAGAAUUAUGAGGCACUAAAACUUUGCAUAAGUAAUAAGGAUCUUGGCUCCUUGGCUUGAGCAGACUUUAGUGGGAACAUGGUAUUUUUUGCCUGCAACAGAUAUUUAUAUACAAGGCACGUUAAUAAAGAAACCCCCUUGAUUUUCCUGAUUAGACUAGAGUUCUAAAAAUAACACUAUAUGUUCUGAUUAAUAUUGCUAAUCAGAAAGAAAGCAGUGGGGGGUAGUAUAUGAGUGCAACGCCUACUAAACCUGCAAUGCAACUGGAAGAAAGAAAAGGAAAACUACUUUAUGCUGCAGACCAGGACAGAUUUCACAUGUGCCACUCAAAGCACUUUUAAACAUAGGAAGCUGCCCUAUACUGUCAGACCACUGGUCCAUCCUGCUCAGUAGUCUACAAUGAUUGGUAUUGGCUCUUCAGGUUUCAGGUAAGGAACAUUCCCAGACUUACCUGGAGAUGCCAUUGAUUAACCAUGGGACCUUCUGCAGAUGCUCUUCCACUGAGCACCCCUUCCCCAACUUCUCUCCUACUGUUAAUGUGCGCAUGUGAAAUAUCAAAAAUACAGAAGAGCAGUGAUACAUCAGCAGGCAACUACACCAGGUUUCCUCCCACUGCUGAAUGAGCAGCGCAAACAUCAACAGCAGAGUUGGCAAACACUAGAAUGCAAGCAGGAAAUGAGGCAAGUGUGUAAGUAGCCCGCUCAGAAAAUAAAGCAGCUACUCUGGUCAACCCUGUGUCUCAAUAGAGGCCAUACAUGUAAGAAAUAACCCAAGUGUUAAGUAAAUUCCAGUCGUAUUUCAGUUCAGUUCAUUGUAUAUAAAUCAAGAAAGGGUUUCUACUUUUAAUGGUAAUAUUAGCCUAAAGCCAAAAUCCUGUGCAGUCAAAACUCAAUGGGUUCAAUGGCAGGUGGAAUUGCCAAAGUUAUUUCCUCCGGAACCUUGUUCCCCUUUCUGCCCUGUCUUUUUUGUUUUUUUGCCACGUGUAUAAAGCUGAAUGCAUAAAAGUUAAAUGCAUUUAAGUUGCGGGCUAACGGUAAGAGUAAUUUGAGGAAACACAUCUACAAUCAUUCUACCCCUCCAGUGGCAUGUAUUGUAAGCUUCCUUUAGUCCCAUCAGGGGAAAAAGUGGGGUACAAAUAAAUAUAUUACUAGUAGUACUAAUUAUUCAUGACAUAGUUAUGUUUAGUAGCAGUAACUUUACCUGCAUUUUGGUCUGGCACAAAUACAAGGGCACAAGUUGCUAUUGGAAGGACAGUGGCACUAGGAUAUUAAUAAAGUGCUUCAGGGACACAGGUGCUGCUGUGGUCUAAACCACUGAGCCUCUUGGGCUUGCUGAUCGAAGGUUGGCGGUUUGAAUCUACACGGCAGGGUGAGCUCCUGUUGCUCUGUCCCAGCUCCUGCCAACCUAGCAGUUUGAAAGCACGCCAGUGCAAGUAGAUAAAUAGGUACUGCUGUGGCAGGAAGGUAAACACCAUUUCUGUGUGCUCUGGUUUCCAUCAUGGUGUUCCAUUGCGCCAGAAGCAGUUUACUCCUGUUGCCCGCCUGACCUGGAAAGCUGUCUGUGGACAAAUGCCGGCUCCCUCAGCCUGAAGCGAGAUGAGUGCCACAACCCCAUAGUUGCCUUUGACUGGACUUAACCAUACAGGGGUCCUUUACCUUUUACUUUACUCUGCUUCAAACAGUUGCACAAGAGUUGACUAGCCAUUAGGGAUGGGGUUGCCAACACUGCACCUUUAUGAAUUUCCUACAACCUGAAAUGCCUCUGAAUGCCUUUUUCCAUCAUCAUGAAAGGUAUAUAGCACACAGCACAGAGCUGGAAGGUACCCAGAGGGUCAUGUGUCCCACCCACUGCAAUGCAGGAACCUCAUACAUGACAGAUGGCCACCCAACUUCUGCUUUAAAUCCUCUAAGGAAGGAGAGUGCACAAUCUUUCAUGAGAGUCUGUUCCACUGUGAAUAGCUCUUACUGUCAGAAAGUUCUUCCUGAUAUUUAGUUGGAAGCUCCAUCUGUCUAAUUUGAAUCCAGUGGUUUGGGUCCUACCCUCUGGAGCAGGAGAACAAAACUUUGCUGUCUUGCAUGUGACAGCCCUGCAGAUAUUUGAAGAUGACUGUCAUAUCUACUUUCAGUCUCCUCUUUACUGGGAUAAAUAAACCCAAUUCCCUCAGCCAUUCCUCAUAAGGUUUGGUUUCCAGAUUAUCUUGGUUACCCUUCUCUGCACAUACUCCAUCUUGUGAAUAUACUUCUUAAACUGUGGUGCCCAGAACUGGACACAGUAUUCCGGGUGUGGUUUGACCAAGGCAGAGUAGAGCAGGACUAUUACUUCUCUUGAUCUAGACACUAGACUUCUGUUGAUGCAGCCUAGAAAAGUAUAUUUUUUUGCUGCUGCAUCACACUGUUGACUCAGGUUCAGUGUGUAGUCUACUCAGAACCAGGACAUAACCCACUAACUGAAAUGUCAAAUGUAAAUUGUCUUAAGGGGAGCCAUGGAGAAUGACACUCAUUUGAACUGUUAGAAUGCGAGACUCAUCUCAGGGUCAUAGGUUCGAGCCCCCAGUCCUGCAUUGCAGGGGGUUGGACUAGAUGACCCUCAUGUUCCCUUCCAACUCUACAAAUCUUUGAUUCUACCGGCACAGCCAAGAUUUUGCUGCUUCCUGGCCAUGCUUGUGUGUCAAGACAAGCAAGUGUUGGGAAGUACCAGUAGAUUAAGUAUAUAUAAGCUGUGCCACAAGAUACUCAGUUAAUGUAAACCUCUGUUUCGCAGGUGUGUUGAAAAUUAUACAGGAAAUCGUUGUGAGGAAAUUUUACUACCGAGCAUCAAGAGCCAUCCAAGAGGUGAACUGUUUGCAGCUGUUUUAGCUUCAGUGGUCGUCCUAAGUGUCCUGGUUGCUGGUGCAUUCUUCUUUCUUUGCAGGUAAAAUGGUGGUGCUUACGUCAGACUCUGCCAACCCAGCGUCUUCUAGAUGUCUUGGAGAUGGUAGGGGUUGUAGGGCAGAAGACCUAGAAGGCCCUGGGCAAAGGCUGGCUUAGCGAUUCACAUAACGUCUCUGAUUCUGGCCUGACAGAAUUUAAAUAUUCUACAUGAUAUAUUCUCCAUUUAUAAUGCAUGCAAUAUUAGUCUUUGAGGUUAAUAAAAACAUUUCACUAUGCUUAUGGUUUUUCACUUUUUAAAACUUUAAAAAGCACUGCUGAGGCACCUUGUAACAGCAGUUCUUAAAAGGAAAUAUUUUGUGACACACUCCCAUCUCACAUUAGAACCGAGUCCCUUUCAGCAAUAGAGAACUGAAUGCAUUAUUUAAACUGCCCAUUGUCACCUUUAGAAAAUAUUAAAAGUACAGAAGAAUAGCUUAAUGGGAAAAAACAUUUCUGCAAUGUACAUUUAUUUAUGUAAUUUCUGGAACACCUUCCCUUUUAAAAAUAUCAAAGCAAUUUAAUAUACAUAUGAAAGCAGCUUCUGUAAAACCCAACCCAACAUACUGUGUAUAGGGCAGAAAUGAUUAGCAUAAACUUUAUUUCAAAUGUCCUGUCUCCACUAAAGAAAGACUUGCAAUGACACAGCAAAUAAUGAUGUGGACUUGUAACUUAAUAAUUCAGAUGACUGUGUGAUGUGAAAAAUGAAAAUUAAUUAAAAAACUAUUCAGAUGGCCCAUUCAGUGUACACAGCAUUUGGUCAUGUGCACAGAGGAUGCAUGACUGAGCCUUGACAGCCCAAUCCAUGUCUCUAUUUCAAACUAACGGCUGAUUAAAUGCUACCUAACUGUGGAGCAGUCAGUCUGAAAGUUCGAUGUAAAAGCCCAUUAGGCUGUAAUAGCAAAAGCCGCAACCGCUAAAUGCAAUGUGAACUCACAUCCACAUUUAUUCUUUUUAAUUUUCCUAAUCACUGUCAGGAAGGGCCAGAUUCCACGGACCAGUUCCAUAGAGCAUGGCAACAACCUGAUUGAAGGGAGCAGCAGGGAUGGUUGCAACAGUAAGUAAUUUUCAAAUACAGUAAUGGUAAAGGGAUACAGUAAAUGGUAAAGACUUUCUGCCAAAAGAGUCUUGAUGAAAAUAAAAUUCUUGUUUUUCCCCGAGAUAACUGA